CAGCUGUGUGCUGGGUGUGGAGCUGCGGCGAGGCCGGGCUGCCCGGCUCCUCGGGGCACACGGGAAGGAGGCACGUACACCCGGCGCGAUGGCGGAGAAGCGGGUGUCGCGCUGGUACUUCGGGGGCCUGGCCUCGUGCGGGGCGGCCUGCUGCACCCACCCGCUGGACCUGCUCAAGGUCCAUUUGCAAACCCAGCAGGAGGUGAAGAUGCGCAUGACAGGGAUGGCGGUGCAUGUGGUUCGCAGUGACGGCUUCCUCGCUCUCUACAACGGGCUUAGUGCCUCCCUUUGUCGACAGAUGACGUACUCCCUCACCCGCUUUGCCAUCUAUGAGACCGUGCGGGACCGCUUGAGCCAGGGGGCCCAGGGGCCCAUGCCCUUCUACCAGAAGGUGCUGCUAGGUGCAGUAGGAGGUUUCACGGGUGGGUUCGUGGGGACCCCGGCUGACAUGGUGAAUGUCAGGAUGCAGAAUGAUAUGAAACAGCCGGCACACCUGCGGCGCAACUACUCGCACGCUCUGGAUGGGUUAUAUCGGGUGUUCCGUGAAGAAGGGUUGAAGAAAUUGUUCUCAGGGGGAACAAUGGCAUCAAGUCGAGGGGCCCUGGUUACCGUCGGACAGCUCGCCUGCUAUGACCAGGCUAAGCAGUUGGUCCUUGGAACUGGCUUGCUCUCCGACAAUAUUUUUACCCAUUUCCUGUCCAGCUUUAUUGCUGGGGGAUGCGCCACAUUCCUGUGUCAGCCCUUGGAUGUGCUGAAGACACGGCUUAUGAAUUCCCAGGGCGAGUAUCGGGGUGUCAUGCACUGUGCAAUGGAGACUGCCAGGCUUGGACCAUUGGCUUUUUACAAGGGCCUGGUUCCGGCUGGCAUCCGGCUGGUCCCUCACACCGUGCUCACGUUUGUCUUCCUGGAGCAGCUGCGCAAAUAUUUUGGAAUCAAAGUACUGGCCUGAGAAGGAAAGGCCCACCUAGUUAAAGACAGAAAAGAUGGCCAGGGGCAGGCAGGGCUAAGAGUCUGGAAAGUGGGAUUCUCCCCAUGCCUGGGCACCGGCACGAUCCCUUGUCAAGGUGCCACAGUCAUACAGUGUCCCCCUAAGUGCCAUGGCACCAGCAGAUGCCUUGCAGAAUGCCCCUUUCCAGUGCCUGACAGUGUCGCAAUCCCUGGGCAAUCAUUCCAUGUCAUGUGGCGCCUGAUGGCAGAACAGCCAGUCGGCAUUUUCUGCUCCGGUGCCCAGCAGCAGGGAGCAGCCCGCCUCCCGAUGCCUUUCUCCUACGCCCAGCAACCUGCCGAAGCCUCUGCCCCCACCCAUUAGUGCCACAGCACUCCCGCCGGGGCUGUACUCCUGCAGGUGCCCCGGCAUUCCUCUCCUACCUCCCGACAGCCACACUACGCCCGUGUCUAGCAGCCAGCAUUCCAGCAGCACACCGCCAUCUUCCUCCCCGGCGCUCGGCAUGUGGGGCCUGCAGGACGGGGCUGCCGCCCUUCCGUGCCACUGAUGCUGUUCCUCGCCUUUCCCCACUCUGCCUCCCAGGCCAUUUCCAUUUUGUCAUCUGUUGCCAUAGCUUUGCUUUGCAGGGGCAGUAGAUGCCUCCCAGCCAUCUCGCCCUGCUGGGCACCCCUGCAUGGAAGAAUGUUGAGGUCCGUGCAUUGUGAUGUCUCUGUCCACUUUUCGCUGUUUACAGUAAGAGUACAGUGAGCUGGAAAAGCAGUUCUGGUAGCUGCUGAGGGCUGCUCAUAGCAAUACCCCAGCAAGGCAUCCUCUUUUUUGCCCCUCAGUGACCCAGAUUCUUACACCCUUUUUUGAAACAAGACUCCUCUCUACAUCCAGCCUGUGCCCUUUUUCCUACCUCAGUCUCCUCUUACCCUCAGGUCUCCCAUCAGCGGGAGAGGUGGUUCCGGGUAUCUUUACUCUUUGUGACUAGAAGUAGCACAGGGAAAGUAACCGGUGCCACCUAAUCCAGCUGCGCAGCAGGCCGGGCAUCUCUUGCCUGCUGCUUUCACCUUCCACCUUAUUCAGCCAAAGCCUCCUGAAGCCAAAGUGCCCCAUCUAGACCUCCUACCUACCAAUGAGAGCAGAAAGCCAGCCUCUGUGGCCAGGCCAGGCCAGCUAGCAAGAGGCCUGGUAGGCAACCCAGGCAGACUGACCUUUCUAGUCCCUUGUGCUGUCUCUCCUGUAACCUAGAUGAGCCGGGUGGCUGCCUCUUUAACUGUGGGCGUGAGAGGGGAGAAGGGCAUGGGGGGAGGGGGGAGGACUUGGUGGGUGCCUGGAAGUGCCGUACUUCAGUUAGCCUAGGACAAUCCAUGUUGUGCCCGAGGGACAGACUCCGGUUGCCAGGCAGGAGGCCCUCAGUUUACUCGGGCACCUUGAGUAAGGCCCAUUUUCCACCUGGGUCUCUAUGCUGUGCCUGCCCAACUUCUUCUCUGAGCCAUUUGGGAGCGUUGGAGGAAGCCCUGGAGGCUGUCAAGUCUCUGGGUUGCCUUGCGGUACUGUGAUGUCAAGACCCUGUUGUAGCACUGAUUCGCUGUCAUUUCUUAUGCCUCUGGAUCCGGCCCACCCUGGGCCUUGCCUGGCGAAGGGAGGGUUGUGUCCUCUGCCUGUCCCUUCGUGCUGCUGGCUUUGUUGCCCACCUGCUCACCCACUGGCACAGAGAAGGCCUUCCUGCCAUGUGUGAAGCAUCAUUCCAGAGGGUGGUGACCCUGUGGGACCUAAGAACCAGAACAAGUGAUCAGCACUUUUGUAAUCAUGAUAAUAAAGUGAUUGUGCAAAGCA